UUCUUACUCUCACAUCUUUACUAACUUUAUAUUUAAUUAUUAACACUUUUCUUCAAUAGGAAGAUGGUUUGUCUUGUGGGGAUGAUGCAAUGCUUUGAUUUAGAUUCUUCAUGAAAACGAGACAGUUUGAGGUUGAUGUUCCUCUCAGUUUGUAACAAUGUGUGAUUGAUUGAUUGAAGGAGUUAUGAGAAGUUUGCAUAGGAAAGGGUACAAUUCCAUCACGGUACACUUUCACUGCAAUCCCUGUGUAAGUGUGCGUGUGUGUGUGUGUGUGUGUAGGUGUUGAUUAAUCAAAGGGUAAAUGUCGGUCAAAUGUCAUUCAUAUUCAUUAAAGGCCUACUGAAAUGAAAUUUUUUUAUUUAAACGGCGAUAGCAGAUCUAUUCUAUGUGUCAUACUUGAUCAUUUCGCGAUAUUGCCAUAUUUUUGCUGAAAGGAUUUAGUAUAGAACGACGAUAAAGAUCGCAACUUUUGGUAUCUGAUAAAAAAAAGGCUUGCCCCUACCGGAAGUAGCGUGACGUAGUCAAUUGAACAUAUACACAAAGUUCCCUAUUGUUUACAAUGAUGGCCGCAUGAAGUGAGAGAGAUUCGGACCGAGAAAGCGACGAUUUCCCCAUUAAUUUGAGCGAGGAUGAAAUAUUUUUAAAUGAGGAAAGUGCAAGUGAAGGACUAGUGGGGAGUGGAAGAUGCUGUGAGAGCCGGGGGUGACCUGAUAUUCAGCUGGAAAUGACUACAACAGUAAAUAAACACAAGACAUAUAUAUACUCUAUUAGCCACAACACAACCAGGCUUAUAUUUAAUAUGCCACAAAUUAAUCCCGCAUAAAAACACCUAGGUGUUUGUUAUGCUAGCUCCUAGCUACUAGCUCGAGCUAGUUAUAGCUCGAGCGGGUAAUAUGGACGGGAUCCUGUAUAUAUAACCCGCCAAUACAAUUCAAACACCUGCACAACACACACACUCUCUCAGCCCAAACAACCGUUCACCUAACCCAAGGUUCAUAAAGCUUAUAUAUUUAAUCAAAGUUACGUACAUGACAUGCACGUACUGGCAAGCAAUCAAAUGUUUGGAAGCGCGCGGGUGGGACCUGAUAUUCAGCUGGGAAUGACUACAACAGUAAAUAAACACAAGACAUAUAUAUAUACUCUAUUAGCCACAACACAACCAGGCUUAUAUUUAAUAUGCCACAAAUUAAUCCCGCAUAAAAACACCUAGGUGUUUGUUAUGCUAGCUCCUAGCUACUAGCUCGAGCUAGUUAUAGCUCGAGCGGGUAAUAUGGACGGGAUCCCGUAUAUAUAACCCGCCAAUACAAUUCAAACACCUGCAUAACACACACACUCACUCAGCCCAAACAACCGUUCACCUAACCCAAGGUUCAUAAAGCUUAUAUAUUUAAUCAAAGUUACGUACAUGACACGCACGUACGGGCAAGCAAUCAAAUGUUUGGAAGCGCGCGGGUGGGACCUGAUAUUCAGCUGGGAAUGACUACAACAAUAAAUAAACACAAGACAUAUAUAUACUCUAUUAGCCACAACACAACCAGGCUUAUAUUUAAUAUGCCACAAAUUAAUCCUAAUGCUAGCUCCUAGCUCCUAGCUACUAGCUCGAGCUAGUUAUAGCAAGCGAUCAAAUGUUUGGAAGCGCAGCUGUGUACUCACGUUAUCGCAACUGUGUAUCCAAAUCAAAGUCCUCCUGGUAAGAGUCUCUGUUGUCCGAGUUCUUCCAUCUUGACUGCAUCUUUCGGGAAUGUAAACAAAGAAGCGCCGGCUGUGUACGUGUUGUUGCUGACUUCCCCCGCAAAAUAGACACUUUGCACCGACAACUUUCUUCUUUGCUUGCUCAGCUUCUUUCUCCAUAAUGCAAUGAACAAAUUGCAACAGAUUCACCAACACAGAUGUCCAGAAUACUGUGGAAUAAUGAGAUGAAAACAGAGCUAUUGUGUAUUGACCUCAAUGAUGUCCGAAUACUUCCAUUUCAAUGAUUGACGUCACGCGCAUACGUCAACCCUCAGAGGCAUUUCGAACCGGAAGUUUAGCGGGAAAUUUAAAAUUGCACUUUAUAAGUUAACCCGGCCGUAUUGGCAUGUGUUGCAAUGUUAAGAUUUCAUCAUUGAUAUAUAAACUAUCAGACUGCGUGGUCGGUAGUAGUGGCUUUCAGUAGGCCUUUAAUAACCCAUUCAUGUUCCUAAUACCAAUUAAUGUCGGGCGUAUCCAUAUUUUUAGCCUCUUCCAAAUUAAUCCCCCUCCUCUUCCAGUCUUAAAACCGCCCUCUUCCGGUCUUAUGUCCUUCCGGGAUAAGUACCGCCCUCUUCAGGGUUAAGCUACGCUCCCUGACACGUGGCCCCCUUAGAACCCAUCACUACAGAGAAGGCCUAAACGUGGUCACUGGCCAUUAUUGUUUCUGUAUUUGUAUUUAGUGCAUACAUGUACGCAUAUAUGUCGUGUAGAAGAUGACACAUUGUUAGUAAUUGUUUGUACCUGGAUACAUUAGGCUGAGCGCACUUUAUCGCGUCUUGUGCUAGCUUAGUUUAGCUUGUUAGCUGCUAACAAAGAGACGCGGACGUUAUCAACACAUCGCUAAGUAGGGAUCAAAUGUGAGUGUAAAGUGUUGUGAUUGUGAAAAUGUGCGAAAGAACGAUAGCAAAGUAUGAGGAGGAACUUUGUCCAACAAAAGAGAAGGAGCGACAACAUCAACUACUUGACGCUGUUUUCAAGAAACAUCAAGUUGUGUUACACAGAACAGACGUCCAGCAGCCCCCCCACAUUAAAGAGGAAGAAGAGUAUCCACAGCACCCCCACAUUAAAGAGGAAGAAGAGGAUCCACAGCUCUCUCACAUUAAAGAGGAAGAGGAGGGUACACAUCCCCCUCACAUUAAAGAUGACGGGGAGGAAGUGUUGAUCACUCAGGAGGGAGAGUGUCUUCUAGGGCAGGAGGAGGAUGAUCUCACCAAGUUUCCACUGACUGUUGUCUCUGUGAAGACUGAAGAGCAUGAAGACAAACCACCUGAGUCCUCACAGCUUCAUCACAGACCAAACGUCCAGCAGCCCCCCCACAUUAAAGAGGAAGAAGAGUAUCCACAGCCCCCCCACAUUAAAGAGGAAGAAGAGGAUCCACAGCUCUCCCACAUUAAAGAGGAAGAGGAGGGUACACAUCCCCCUCACAAUAAAGAUGACGAGGAGGAAGUGUGGAUCACUCAGGAGGGAGAGUGUCUUCUAGGGCAGGAGGAGGAUGAUCUCACCAAGUUUCCACUGACUGUUGUCUCUGUGAAGACUGAAGAGCAUGAAGACAAACCACCUGAGUCCUCACAGCUUCAUCACAGUCCAAACGUCGAGCAGCCCCCCCACAUUAAAGAGGAAGAAGAGUAUCCACAGCACCCACACCUUGAAGAGGAGGGUACACAUCCCCCUCACAUUAAAGAUGACGAGGAGGAAGUGUGGAUCACUCAGGAGGGAGAGUGUCUUCUAGGGCAGGAGGAGGAUGAUCUCACCAAGUUUCCACUGACUGUUGUCUCUGUGAAGACUGAAGAGCAUGAAGACAAAUCACCUGAGUCCUCACAGCUUCAUCACAGUCCAAAUAUUCCUGAUUACGCUGGGCUUCACCCGACCUGUUACCAGCGGUUCAUUGAUAAGAAGCGUUUGGAUUCUGCCGAAAAACUGGCCAAACGGCUGGAUGUGGGUCAAGAUGAGUCUGUGGCAUCGGACAACGCUUCAGGCUCGACAAGUGACAUUCCAAAGAAAAGACUAAGAUCGGAGACGGGCCUGCCUAUCGGUUCUGCUGGCCCGGUGCUCCCUGCCAUUUGUAUCAUUUGCAAGAGAACGGACAAGAGAGUUUUUGUGAGAGGCAAACGGCAGAGGGACCAACUUUCACAGGCAAAAACGUUUUCAGCAGGCCAGUUGUUGAACGCUGCCAGGAUAAAGCAAGACAGUAGCCUUCUCUUGCAUAUUGAAGACAGAGACUGUGUGGCCAUGGAGGUGCGGUACCACAAGUCCUGUUACAGACAGUACACCAGGUUCUUGACAAAGUCUGAUGUAACAGUAACUGGAACCGCAGGUGAAAAAGUAAGUGAACCAACCUUUGAUGCCAGCUACAACAUAUUCUGCGAGAGGAUCAUCCGCCAAAGGAUCAUUGUUAAUCAGGAGGUGCUGAGAAUGAACGAGCUACGACGAAUGUUUUUAAAUACGGUGCAAAACCAUGAAGAUUGUGAUGCUUCAAACUACAGGCAGGAUCAAUUAAAGACAAGGCUAAUUCUGGACUUUCCCCAACUGGUGUUUCACUGCUUUGGCAAGGGCAACAUCUGCGAACAGGUUUUUGUUGAGACAUUGUCUGCAGAUAAGCUGAUAGACAGGCUACCUCAUCCAUCAGGUACAGACACAACUGAGUCAACUGAAGUAAGCAAAGGUGAAAGUGACAACAGCUGGGACGCAAACUACUGAGAACACGAGGACACUUUAUAUUGCAGCUACUAUGUGACUCUCCCGGUAUGACGUGCCCCCGGCCACCCACAUCAGAUGAUUUUAAAUGUGUCCGAUGCAAAAUCUGUUGUGCCACUUGAACGGUACAAUGUUAUUGCUUGGAUUGUAGGUGCAACAGAGGAACCAACAUUCAACAUUCAAGAUCAACAUUAGCCUGUUAUGUUGAUAUUCCACAAGAUGUGAUCCUAAAUGUGAUAUCUGUUUGUCAAGACAUUAUGUAUCUUGCAUCUAGUUAAAUACUUUAAAAAUAAAAUGUGAGGUUACAGUGCACUUGACCUUAAAAUUGUUUUAAUAAUCAUAGUUUGAGUUUGUGCCAAAUUUGAGGAAAAUCUAUCAAAUAAUAAUUGAGAUAUGGCUUUAACAAUGUGCAAAGUUAAGACAAAAUAAUAAAAAAUGCUCAAGACCUGCUGUGACAUCAACACAUUGUUUUUGUUCAUGUAAAUAUUGUUUUAUACCAUAUUGUUUACAGAUUCUAAACUGUAAUGCAGUGUUUGUUGUAUUUCCAUUUUUCGGCAUUAUUCAAUAUUUUGAUUGAUGUCAGCCAUUUUGGGCCAAAGUGUUCAUUUUAUUUUAUUUUUUACUUCCUCUUAUAACACAGUAUCUACUGAAAUUUUUAAUGUGUAAAACAUCAUUGUUUAGCAAAAUGUACAAUGUGUUUGUUCAAUUGUACAGGUUGCUAUUCACUUAUUUUGAAGCGUUUUGUUCAUUUUUUUUGUAUGUUUCAUGGUUUA